CAACCCUGACUUUUUAACUGCAGGUGAGCAUUUAUCAGAUGUUCAAUCAGCUGUGCGUUACUAUACGUAGCAAGUGAAAAGCAACAAAGCAUUUUUCAGCUUUUAUAAACAAUUUUGGAUAAAUUUAAAAUUUCUGUGGUUUUUAUUUAAAAAACUCGUAAUAACAAGAAAUAUAGUGAAAGUUUUAUUGUGCCGAAAAUAUUUUUUGUUGGUUUUCUUUAUCAAAAUGACCUCACGCAAACGUAGUGGUAGCGGCUCUUCCAAGCGACCAAAAGAAAAAGUUGUUUAUAUUUAUGAAUUAUUUUUUCGUGGUGAAGAUCCCACAAUUGAUAGUCCGGAAUUUUGGAACGAAUUUUUCUUAUUGCAACCAAAUGUAGAAUCGCUUGAAGCAGAAGUAUCAAAACUUACAAACGAGGUGUUUCCGGUAGUCAGAGAUAAUCUGAAUUUAUUGUUCCAAAAAUGCAUUGAAAUGUUAGAAACCGAUCAUCCCAAACGCCUGUGCAACAGUUUGCAAACACUUUGCUCACUCUUCUACGCAAUAUUCAAAAAGUCAACAGCAGACACAGCAUUUGAUAUACUUAAUGAGAUUUUUGGUUACGAAAAAAUGGACAAGUGGAUGAAGGAGCUAAUGAAUCAUUGUAGUCAUAUAUUAUUGGGUGAUGUCACCGAGAGUGCCCGUUUCAUGUGUUUAAAGUUGCUGCUCGUGAUUGUUACUGGUACUGAUAAUGUCAGCCAAAAUGUAUUACUGGAGUAUCUCAUGAUGCAUACAUUAUUUGAUGCAUUUGUGCAUUUACUUAGCGAUCCAACAUUACGUGCACAACAUGGACAUGAUAUUGUUAUUCUGCUCACUAUUUUGGUUAAUUAUCGAAAGCAUGAGGCAACUAAUCCCUAUGUGGUACAAUUAUCUAUAUUAGCAGAUGAGUUGGCUCUGAAUGGGUAUGGACAAAUGAUAUCACAAUCAUUAAUUGAUUUCUGUCGACAGUACAUGCAAAGCCUAUCGAAUGUACAGUCUUCAUCAUGGUUUUCUUCACUCUCCAAUAUUGUUGGCAAUAUGUUUGUUUCAGAUGAAGGCUGUGAACGAGUACAACAAAUUAAAGCUAAUAAUGGAUUACUUCUAGCUCUUUACGAAGCAGUACAUUUAAACAGAAAUUUCAUUACUACUUUAGCACACACGCAAGCUGAAUCCAGUGCGCCUCCUUCUCCCAGUAAUACUUUAAGCUUAACACAACCAGUGCCUGAUUUGGCUAAUGCGCCUAUUAUUGAUAUGACACAGUAUCCAACAAAUUUAUUAGUAGCUGUGUUUCAAUAUUGUUCGAUUGUCAUGCAGGAUAACAAAAAUGAGUCCAGCAUAGCUAAUCUCAAACUUUGUUUUCUCAUACUUACCUGCAUAUCGGAGGAUCAAUAUGCUAAUUCAAUGAUGCAUGACACUAAUCUCACUUUUAAAGUUAUGCUACAUCGUGCCCAGAUGCGUCAUCGUAAAUUACACGUAGAUCGUGUAGGGAAAUCGCAACCAUUGGCUGCUACUUUGCUAGAUUUAUUAGUUGAAUUCAUUGUGUCGCACUUAAUGAAGAAAUUUCCAAUGGAACUAUAUUUAGUGUGCAUAGGUGUUAUACAUCGCAUACUGUGUUACCAGAAACGUUGUAGAGUGCGUUUAAAUUAUCCCUGGAAGGAGUUAUGGUCUGCUUUAAUAGGACUGCUACGGUUUUUAGUGAAUCAGGAACAGACAUUAGUUAAGAAAUGCAAUAUAUUUUAUUUAUCUCUGCAGGUAAUUAACAUAUUUAAUCUCUUCAUAACCUAUGGCGACACCUUCUUAGCCACAACAAAUAGCUACGAUGAACUGUACUAUGAAUUGAAUCGUGAAGAAAAAGUGUUUACAGAAAUAUAUGCAAUGGUCCUGCGCUAUACAACAAUGCCUGAUUGUGAAUACAAAGAUGAUGUCAUCAAACUACUCAAUUCACUAGUGAAUAUACUAGCUAUUGUUAAACAUUUCCAAAAUAAGAUAAAGGAAUGGUUAUCUGAGCAAGGACUAUCAACACCAACUGAAGAACAAAUACUUGAUGUGGUACGUAAGAAUUAUGAUCUUACACUUAAACUACAGGAUUCACUUGACCAUUACGAACGUUAUGCUGAAGCGCCACAUCACACAGCUUUCUUUAAGACUAUGGUCCGUGAUGUUGUUAUAGAUACGCGUAAGCAUAUCUAUGGAUAUGUGAAGGAAGCUAUUUCCGUUAUACCUGAACAGGACACAAUGUUAACUUCAACCACUUCAUCCAAUACGUAAACAACGAAGCUGGAUUUAUUAAAAAAUGAAGACGAAAAAAGAAACAAAAUUAUUUUUAUUCCUUCAAAUAUCAUGACUGUUUCUCUUAUGUAUUUUACAUAUUUAAAAAUAAGUAUAU